UUAUAUGGCUUCUUAUGCUCAUUUUUACUUGCCCUUUUUUUGGGUAAGUCAAUUGUUUCUUAGGGUGAAUUUUGACUUGCCCUUCUUUAGGGGAAGUUGAUUUUACUAUUGGGCUUCAAGGGCUUGAAGCCCGUUACAUAUUGUUUUUAUGCGUUUUUGCUUUUUCUUUUCUUUUUUACUUUGUAGUCAUUUUUUUCUACAUGGGUAUUUUUGGCAUGUAGAAUGAGUGAAAUGUAUACACACACAAGUAUUAUACACUACCGCUAAAUUCUAAAUUCAUUAUUUCUUAAUAAACUCAUUUUUUGUUUUUUUUAUUUUUAUUUUUGUCAUUUAUAUUCGUUAUUGUCUUGUAUCUACUAAGUUCCGGGUCAAUUUUUGUUAUGCCUCGGACCAAGCUCAAGCAUCUGGUGGGCUUGUUUUGCAGUUGCAAAUUGCGGAGUGCUCCUCUAAAAAAGACCGACUUACCCAAAUUAGUGCAAGUUGAUUUUGAUUAUAAGAAAAAAGAGACAUAAUAAAAUUGGUGCAAGUCGAUUUUUUUUUUGCCCAAUUUUUUUUUUCAGGCGACUUGUUCCUAGCUGGUCCAAAAAGGUAAUUUGUAAUGAAAUUUCGGAGACGAGACAACGUCCAAACGCCGCGACCGCGCCGAGAGAGAAGGUUAGCACGCUAGACCGAAAAGUGUGGCAAUAAGGGUGAAUUUCAGUUUGAGCUUGGCCUCAUCGGAUUCCACGACAACUCUUGAUUACUCAUGGCUGCUCUCCAAAGCUCCCAAGGCGUCACACUUUAAUCGCUUGCGCAGCUCCCCAUGCGUGCGUACGUGCUUAAAUACCAAUCCGCAAGCGGCCACCAGCAUCCCGUAGUACGUAGCCUGGCCCCUUGACUCCCUCCACCUCAACUAUGGCUGACAUCGAGAUCAAGCUCGCCGUGGACAGGUCGCGGAACCGCGUGCUGUUCGCCGAAGCCGGCUCCGACUUCGUCGACGUCCUCCUCUCCUUCCUCACGCUGCCUCUCUCCGCCCUCCAGUCCUGCGCACCAUCUCCGGGGUGCCUCUCCAACCUCUGCAACAGCGUCGACCUCCUCAAGAACAGCGGUCUGCUCAAGGUCGAGGCCUGCCAUGGCAAGCUUCUCACGCCUGCUCACACCGACGAGUUCCAGGACUGUAAGUCAGCCAGCCAGUACUGCGACAGAGCUCCUACCGCGGCCUGCAAGUGUUGCUUAGUUAUGGCUAGAGUCUUGCAUGUCUACGAAGAGUUCAAAAAAGAGGCGUUUGUACGUGGCACCGGACGGUUUGUGAUCAGUGAUGACAUGACAAUCAAUCCGGCAUCUACCAGAAGCAUUCAGUCGCUGCUUCGAGCGUUCGGUCCUGAUGGUAUCUGCCAUGACUUUGAGGAGCUCAAAGUGACCGUCGGCUGGUCUAUGGUUUUAUUCAUGUUGAAGGCCUUCCUUUCUUCAGAUACCAUACUCACUGACACAUUUCUAUCAAAUGAAUCUGAUGCCAAGGCUGCUCAUGGUAGUACUAUGAAGGAACAGAGCAUCAGUCAGAAAGUUCCACCGUCCAAUCAAGAUUCUGCAGGUUCUUCACCAGAAACUAAGUUCAAGGUUUUCUACGACACCUAUCAAAAGGAGGUCGUGUAUGCUGAAUGUAACAGCGAGUUCGUGGACCUGCUCCUGGGUUUCUUAACCUACCCUAUGAGCUGUGUGAUCAAGCACACAGGAGCUCGCACUCGCCAUCUUGGCAGGUGCUUCAGCAAUCUCUAUGGCAGCGUUGCAGAGCUCGCCAGUGCUGGUUGCUUCACAGGUGGCCUCCCCAGUGUGAUGUUACUGGAUCCAAGCAUUAUGCCGUUUAACAUUUUGAACAACAUCAUGUCUGGUCGGUGCCGAUCGCUUGACUGCCGGUGUCGGAAGGACACGAUGCCAGAGCUAGCACAGUAUUGCUUCCAUCCUGAGAUUGUCGAGGAACAGAGGUAUGUCAUAGGCGAUGAUCUACUUAUUUAUCAGGCCACUGCCAUGUCCGUGAUGAAGUAUUGGUCUGGGAGGUACAAGGAUAUGGUACUGGAGAUGGACAUUACUGUCGGGAAGCAGGAGGCUGUUGCACUGCUGCGUGCCGCCCUUACUUCGAAGAAUGCACUGACCGAAGUGUUCAUUGACGAGCUGGAGAAACAGUCCCUUGUACAGAAGAUGCAGAUAUUUGCCAAGAUCCCCUGGGGCAAGACCAUAACCGUGGAGGUCACGAGAUCCGACACCAUUGCCACCGUCAAGAGCAAGAUCAAGGAGAAGGCGUCCAUUCCUGCAGGGUAUCGUCAUGAAUUGGUCUACGGUAGCAGAUAUCUUAAAGACUUGUCCAGCGUUGCUGAUUACAAUCUCGUCAAAGAAUGUACCAUCACCAGCGAAUUUUUCAGGAAGUGAUUGAUAAUGCAGUCUGUUUGCUGUUGUUUAGUUCU